AUGUCUUCGUUAUUCGUUCCUACUUCACCAUUCUUAAAAAGUGUAAAAACAUCGUUAUUGGUAAUAACUUCGUUGUUCGUUCUAGCGAGUUCAUGUGGAAUUGGUACUCAUCAAAGUACUUUGAGCGGAGGAUGUGCCACCUGUCCUGACACUGCUGCAGGAUGCGACACAUUUAAACCACUGUAUAUGAAGGAUUAUGAAAGCUGUAUGAAGUGUGGUAAGUAUAUAUAUUUAUGUAAAUAACACAUAAUUAACGACAUUAAAAAGACACAAAACUAAGCGCAAUAUAAACAAAUUGUAUUGAACUAUUCAUAUAUUCAACUGUCUAGACGCGCGAGUUAAAUCUAUAGUAUAUUAUAGUCAGUGGCGUAGCCAGCCCGACAAUUUAGUCCCGCUAUGCAAAUUCAAAAUUAUUAUCAUUAUUCAUUUCUUUAGAAAUUGAUUGUUUUCACAGUCAAUGGACACGAAAAUAUUUGCAUAGCGGGACUAAAUCGUCGGGCUGGCUACGCUACUGAUUAUAGUGUUAUUUGCGCGCCGUGUCGUUAUUUAAGAAGUCGCCUGAUGGAGCGUAUUACGGAAACGUUUAUACAGGUCUGUAAGAAAGAUCUGAUAUUUAAGAACUGUAUUGUACAAUUAUUGAAAAAUUUAUUGAUCUUUUCAGACUUUUCAUGUCGAAAUCUUUUGCGCAACAUAUAACGUGUAUAGGGAAUGGACUUUUAACUAAUUACAUCAUCCUCGUUCCCAGGGCUUCGCGGCUGCCCCUAUCUUCUUACCCUUUAAGGGACUUCCCCUUUUACAGCUUAUUAUAAACUGUCCGUCAUUUCUAUCUAGAUUCAUUUACAGCUACUACUCAAACAGACAAGUUCAUUAUGGGCGAUUGUAGCAAAGGCACAUAUCAGAGUCUAGAUGGAUGUGAUGAAUGUCCCGUUGCUCCCAAAGGCUGUGAUACUCACAGACCUUUAUAUAUGAAGAUUUAUAGAAGUUGUAUGAAAUGCUGUAAGUAACAACAAUAUAUAACAAGUAACAAAGUAGAAUGUAAAUGAUUGUUAGGGUCCCCAAUUCGGUUUUCUCUCAACGGGUAAAAGCUGGGAUUUAUACAGAACCUUUCUAAACCUUACAUUUAUCAAUGUAAUGCAUUUCUCGUAGUCAUUGUCUUUUAAUUCUCAUGAGGCUUUAUGACGAAAGGUCAUGAUGAUUAUAAUCUAUUUUAUUGGGGUAGUUUACCGGAAUAUGACGUGGCACUCACUUUGCGAUUUUAGGUUGCUAAGUUCUAACAAAAACUAUAAUACAUGAGUUACAGGGAUCUCAAAAAUCAAAGCACGCAAACUCAUUAAUAAUUCAUUAAACUUGAUACCACGAAAAUACACGCCCAGAUAUUUACUCAACUAUCACGUCCAAUUUCUUUAACUACGGGUUAGUUUGAGAAAGUAUUUCAUACUCUCAAAGUCGUUGACUGUAGUGGUAUUAAUUUAAAACAGAGAUUCACCUCGUGUAAUAUUUAUACUCAACUCGAGAAUCAACUGGGGUCACGUUUAAAUCGCACGAAUUCAUUGAUUUAUCUGUUGAUAAUUUAGUGUCAGGCGUUUUACAUGUUUAAUAGUAAUUAUGACACUAUUUGAAUAGCUUUUUAACAAUUUCGUGCUAUAUACAUGCGCAAUUUCCAAGUCGAAAGCAAAGCAGACGAGCUUUUAAUUAAGAAGAUUAAAAAAAUGCUGAAGUAGUCAAUAAUAGCUAAACUCGUGAUUUUCACGUCAUGCUUUUCACGAUGUGUCGAUGUCAAUCUUGCUCACAGUCACUUUCUUAAUAACCAUAUCUUCGGUUUUAGCACAGUUAAUGGUUUUACAGACUUGUGUAUAGGUUUUGCUCAUAUGAGAAGCGCAGAGUACUCAUGCAAAAUGCGACGCGAGAGUGUUUGCUACACGCAUGAAUAAUUUGCGUUAUUGACCUCAUAACGUUUGCAUAAACUGCGCGUUCAAUAAUAUUCAAAGAGACUAUUAAAGAAUUUUUGUUUAAUAAACAUAUCUAUAAGUCUAUAAAUUUUCUGAGUACAUGUUGUUUACAGUACACUAUUUUAACUUUUAUAUUUUUAUAUGCCAUAUGUUAUUAUUGCGGUUAUUUAUUGGCACCCUGCAGGGUCGUAAGGAUAUACGAGUCAUUUAACGGAAAUACCAAGCGUACGUUACCACAUGAAAUUGAUAUUUCAGGAAAGUCCCUCUGUAACUCGUGAAUCUGGUUGAAACGAGUUAAACCACAUCCAAACAUUGUGCAUUUAGUUGGUUUGACGUUUAGAAAGCACCAUGGCCAUGGUUUUAUGGGUAGCACGUUUCCCAAGAAAAAUUCUAAUUUAUCAUUAUUAGGGUGAAAUUUAACCAAUGUUAAUGAUUAAUAAAUAGCUAAUAAAAUCUUUAUUUGUUUCAGUUUUAACAGAGACAAGUACAGCAACGUCAUCCACGUGGUCAUCAUCAACCUCGUCACCAGCUAUGUCAUCAUUAGACAGUAUCUGGAUCACACUUGGUGCUUUUGCUGCCCUUACCGUUUUGGGCCUCUUGUUUGCAAAAUAUAUUUAUCCUCAUUUUAUCAAGUGGUGCCUGGCAAGACAUCACAUAUCCAGGAGAGAAUCUGACCAAAGGUGUGCUGAACAAAUCCUAAUACCAAGUGAGAACGCGGACGAAAAUCAUGACCAAAGUGACAGUGCAGAUUCAAACCUUGCACCAACUCCCUUCAACCCAGGACCAACACCCAACCCACGACCAACACCCAACCCACGACCAACACCCAACCCAGGACCAACACCCAACCCAGGACCAACACCCAACCCAGGACCGAGUACCUCCAACGGCAACCCAGGACCAACUACCUCCAACCCAGCACCAACUACCUCCAACCCAGCACCAACUACCUCCAAACCAGGACCAAAUAAUGUGGCACUGCGUAAUUCAGAUUUAAAUGCACCCGAACAAACAACUGCUUUGGACAGUGUGAAAAAUGAAGAAGACUACGAAGAGCACAAUGAGAGAUUGGCACAAACUGUUGAAACAGCGGUCUAA